CGAAUAACCCAACUCCCACAACCCUAGUCCCCUCAAAGUCCACCUCACCUUUCUUCACUCUCUCCUUUUUUUUCCCUUAGCAGUCUUUUUCUCUCUUUCUUCUUCAGCAGUCAGUUCAGUUCAGCACCACAACAGUAUUACAUCAGUCUUUCUUUCUUUCUUUCUCUCCCGCUUAAAACCCUCGCUUUUGUCCUCCCGCCCCACGGAAACGUCGUCGCUUUCUUCACUCUCUGCGCACGUACUCCAUUCCGUAGUUCGUCCUUUCUUUUUGAUUCUCUGAAUUGGAGGAAUUUGGAGCUGAUUUUGUUUUGUCUGGUUUGAGUUUAUUUCUUCUUUCUUCUUUUUCUGAUUGGAAUGACCAUGGUUGAUAAUGAGGGAAACGUGGAUGAUCAGAAGGAGGUUGCUGAUGGUGGGACCACACUCAAGUCUCCAUGGAAGACGACGCCUGCUGCGGCGGCAGCCAAGGUAGAUGGCAUUGAUUCUGCUGCUGCUUCCGACUCUGAUUCCUGGCCGGCGCUUUCUGAUGCUCAACAGCAUCGCCAGAAGAGUGUUUCUGUUGAUUCUCGCACUUCUGAUUCUCCGACGGUUGGAACUCAGGCUGCUGCUGCUGCUGCAGGGGAAGCGGGAGCUGACGGAACUCCGCCUCUUUCGCCUGUUACGACGGGACCAGCUGAACAGCAGAAGACCAAUGGUCAUAAUAACUUUAGGGCUUCGCAUAAACCGUCUGGGAUGCGCCAGUCAAAGAUGAGCCCGAAGCAGUACUCAAAUGGUGUACCCCACUUUGCUGUACCUUUGCCUUUUCCUCAACCAGGAAUGCCUCCAAUGUUUCAUACCAUGGUGCCAGCACCACCCAUUCCUGUUCAUGGAUAUUUUUACCAGCCUCCCCCUGGGCCUUUCCCAACCGUUGAAAGUCAUAUGAUGAAGACUGGAUAUGAUAUCCCGGUGCAAGCUUUCACUCCUGAUGGUAGUUUGCGUCCUCCAUUACGCGCUCAUUCAGCUGCACAUGAUGCCAAUGCUUUGAGAAAUGGAUCUGAGUCUCAAGAACCAAAUUCGCCGGCCAAAUCUCCUCGACCAAGUCAGCAAGCACCUGGUUCCAAAGAAAAUGUUCAUAUGCAACAACCUAUGGGACCAAGGCCUUUCAUGGGACCUCCAUUCUUUCCAGCUCCAGGAUUCAUUGAUGGACCAAACGUUCCUGGUCCUCCAGGAGCAAUUUAUUUUGUACCUUUUGCUCCUCCAGGCUCUAUAAGAUUGCCUUAUCGACCCUUCUUCGCUCCACAUCCUUCAAACUCUGCAUCUCCAACUGUUAACUCAUCUUUGAGGGCAAACAUUGUAAAGCAAAUUGAGUAUUACUUCAGUGAUGAGAAUUUGAAAAACGAUCACUAUUUGCUUUCGUUGAUGGAAGACCAAGGAUGGGUCCCGAUUUCGAAAAUUGCUGACUUCAAAAGGGUGAAAAGGAUGAGUACAGACAUACAAUUCAUCUUGGAUGCAUUGCAGGAUUCAAGUACGGUAGAGGUCCAGGGUGACAAGGUUAGAAGAAGAGAUGAAUGGCCGAAGUGGAUUAGUCAGAACCAAUCUCCCAUUUCACAGUCUGCUUCCAAUUGUUUGAACAGUGCAGACACUGGCCUGGAUACUGAUAGUGAGGUGAAUUAUAACAAGGACAGCUUUGAUGGGACGAAACAAAUACCAAAAAGUAAUGAGAUUGUGUUAGAUAUCACUAGUCAAAGCAAAGAUGCCCUGAAUGGGUCACCUAAUGCUAAUUUAGAGAGGAGUCACAAUUUGUCAUCUGAUAAAGGAAAUAACGCAUUUAGUAUUGAGGGUUGUCAGAAAGAUUUAGUAGCCUCUUCACAAAGAACCGAGUCAACAGAAUACAAAGGUCAUGUAACUAAAUGCUUCCAGUCAUCUUCAGAUUUAGCUUCACAGAAUUUGGAGGGCUUAUCUAGUGAUUUCACAAACACAUUUAUGCUAGAUGAAGAGCUUGAACAUGACCACAAGACAGUUACUGCAGAUGCAUCUACUUCACAAAGGGUUGAUGAUGACGAUGAUGAAAUGGUUGGAAGUGAUCAAGCUGUUGAUAGACUUGUAAUUGUCACUCAGAAUCCACGAAAUGUUAAUGAUUCUGGAACUAGGCUAAAAGGACCAAGUUCCCUCUCAUCUGAGCUUGCCUCUGCUAUAAAUGAUGGCCUCUAUUUCUAUGAGCAGGAACUGAAAGCCAGGCAUUCCGGUCGUAGAAACGUAAACUCCCGUCAUGAAAACAAUGAGAGUUCCAAAUCUCCUCAUGCUGUUUCCUCUAUGUCAAAGUCAAGGGCUGGAACUCAUUCUUUUGGAGGGAGUACCUUUGAAGGUACUGGAAGUUCUAAUUCCCGGAAGAAGCCAAACAAAGGAUUUCAUAGGCAAUCCUCUAAUUCUAAACAACGUCUCUUUCCUUGCACCUUAAAAAAUCAUGGAACUGUGCGGAACUCAAUUGGCAUCAUAUCUGAAAGUCCUCCAAGCGAGUCUGUUGGAUUCUUUUUUGGUUCUACACCUCCUGAAAAUCCAGGUGUGAGGUCCUCGAAGUUGAGUGCAUCUCCACGCAGAAACUUAUCUGUUGGCAGUCCACCGGUAGGUUCAGCACCAAAGUCAUUCCCAUCUUUCCAGCAUCCAAGUCAUAAACUCUUGGAAGAAAAUGGCUUCAAACAGCAGCUGUACAAAAAGUAUCAUAAGCGCUGCCUUGCAGAUCGGAAGAAACUUGGUAUCGGUUGCAGUGAGGAAAUGAAUACACUUUACAGGUUUUGGUCAUAUUUUCUUAGAAACAUUUUCGUGGAGUCCAUGUAUAAUGAGUUUCGGAAAUUGUCAGAAGAGGAUGCUGCCGCAAAUUAUAAUUAUGGAAUGGAGUGCCUAUUCCGGUUUUACAGUUAUGGCUUGGAGAAGGAAUUCCGAGAGAAUCUUUAUGAGGACUUUGAAAAACUUACUCUUGACUUCUACAAUAAAGGGAAUCUCUAUGGGCUGGAGAAGUAUUGGGCAUUUCACCAUUACCGUGAAGCUCAAGGACAUAAGGAGCCUUUAAAAAAGCACGCGGAAUUGGAUAGAUUGCUCAGGGAAAGAUUCCGUAGUUUGGAUGAUUUCAGACGUGGGAAAGGAAAAUCUGCAACGGUGGAGGAUAGCUAAAGUCAUAUAUCAAUGACGGGUUUUGUUAGAAUCAGAAUGUAUAUAAAUCCUUUUUGCUGAUUUUGUCUUUUUUUGCCUGUGGCCAUUUUGAGGCCUUACUGUAAAAAAACUAAUAGCGGAAUGUGAAAAAAAAAAAGAAAAGAUAAAAAGAAGUCAGUCAAGUAGGUGGUGUGAUUGCAACAUAACUUCACCCUUGAGAAAGAGAAAUGAAAAUGAAACGGGAACUGUGUUUUGGAGAAUUUCCUUUCCCAUAUUCUUUUUAGUUUGACGUAUGCGUAUUGAAAUUCAUUACAUUUUCGCGUAUGAGCUUGCUUUGGUCUAGGUUUACUUCAUUCAGCCUCAGGUGCUACAGCUUGCAAAUGGCUAUG